GUACUUCAGUUUCUCCAUUUUUUCCGGUGUCGGUCUCGGGUUGGCAUCUUCUGAGGAGCACUUCUGCGGUUUAUCAGCCCUCGAGUUCAGGGCAAAAGGAUUGUAUGCUCCUCGCGCUUUGGAUGUUUUGGCAAGUGAUUAUCUACUUUAAUUUGCUGUGAGCACACCUGAACGAAGCUGAGAUGAGUUUGAUUAGUUGGAUUUCCUUGGUAAUCAGCACCGUGUUGCGGCUGUUAAAAAGCCUGUGGGUGGGUUGGGGGAUUCAGCUCUUGGUUGCCGCAAGCCUUGCUUGCGAGAUUGUUCUCGCAAUAUUAGGCAACCGUCGGAAAUAUGUGACAUCGAUUUUGCCUAGAAUCAUCAUUUGGGCCUCCUAUUUGCUCCUUUCUUACAUUGCGACAAUUGCGCUGGGUAAGCUUACUGUGGUCCGCAUCGAUGAUCCUGACAAUCCAGGUUACAAUGAGGUGUUGGUAGGGCUAUUGGCCCCACUGCUUCUGAUGCAACUCGGGUAUCCAGACAGCAUAACCGCCUACGCGGUGGAAGAUAACCGGCUGGGAUUGAGACAGGUUCUGAACAUUGGAGCUACGGUUGUCAUUGUGGUUUGGAUUCUGAUUCGCUGUUGGGACGGCUUGUCCCCCAUCUCAAGGCUGUACUUCCCAUUGUUUGUGGUCGGUAUCAUGAAAUCAGCGGGGUGGGUCUGGGCUCUCCAAUCGGUGUAUGAUGAGAACUCGAGUGUGACCGCCGAGGACAUAAGAGAAGAAGCCAACAUUCAGCGAGCGUUCGAAGAGUUCCCCCGGGAUGAGAAGUUCAAGCCCGCAAAGGACAUCUUGAAGGCCUAUUUCCGGUUUGAUUGUUUGAAGCCUCACCUUGUGAACUGGCUGUACCACCCUCUGUUCAUAUCCCGCGAUUGGAUGUCCAUCGACAGUUACACCGCUGACCAAGCUUUCUCCGUGACUGAGAUUGAGCUAAACUUCAUGUACGACGUGCUCUACACUAAAGCGCCCAUUCUGUACACUAAUAUGGGCCUCAUAGCCCGCUUUUUCGGAUUCUUCAGCAUAAUGUCUGCCUUGUGUGCUUUUGCUGCGAUCUUCAAGAACGCCUUCUUGAUCGACAUGUACAUCACCUAUACCUACGCAUUACUGAUGGCAGUCGCAUCUCUCGAGCUUUAUCAAAUCUCAAUGCUGGCGUUUUCAGAUUGGGCAGUGGUGAAGAUGAGUGUGAAUCUUAAGGUGCCGCUCGUCCAAAAGCUCCUCCCAUUUCUAGCCAAACAGUGCAUGAAGCAGAGAAGAUGGUCGAGGUCGGUGGGGCAGCUCAAUUUGUUAGACCCCAACCUCUUGUACAAAGAAUUUCCGAAGCCCAUUGCCACGGUGCUUGAUUGGUUUGAGAAAAGGGAGAUCGUCAGGAGGUAUUGGUUACACUCCCACCAGGCCAUCCCCUCGUCCCUCAAGGUGCUGGUUGUUCAAAAUAUGGCAGAGCUAGAGAAGAAAAGACACCUCCUGCCCUUCACAGAAAGAGGCAAGUGGACGCUCGAGACUCACGGCAUCCAAAGGAAACAAGGGUUGAGCGGUAGCGUUGAGACGACAUUUGAAAGGAGCAUCAUUAUCUGGCACAUUGCGACGGAAAUCCUGCACAGAUUGGAGAAUGAGUGCUCCGAUGCUUGUAGGGGAAGCAAACUACUAUCGGAUUACAUGAUAUACCUCCUCGCUCUGCGUCCUUACAUGUUGUCCCUCACUACUGCCGACAUCACACUGGAGUACGCUUGUUGCACACUGUGGCCUUUCUUAAGGUACCGGGACUAUAAUGAAGCAAUUAGCACACUGUCACUGUCGUCACCGGAUGGAGAGGUCCCACCCCCCAUCAAACUAAGAAAGGAGACGAGGAUCACUCGUGACUGGAACGUGUUGUCAGAGGUGCAGAAGCUCGUGGUCGACCUGAGGACACUGGACAAUAAGUGGGAGCUCAUCAGCAGCAUUUGGGUGGAGAUUUUGUGUUUUGCAGCACACAACUGUCAUGUGUAUCACCAUGCCAAGCUACUGAGAAGAGGAGGUGAGCUUAUCACACAUGUGUGGCUCCUCUUGGCUCACAAGACCGACAAGUACCAUUCGAGCAAUGACCAGCUACCUAAAAAUCUUGCUGCCUCAACCAAAUCUAGCUCCUUGGCAAGAGGUUCUUCCAGUUGCUUCCAAAAGAUUUUCGGGAAGGUAGAUGCUAAACACUUAUAUAACUAAGAUGCGCCAUCGUCGCGCACGGAUGGUAAUUUAUGUUAGAAUAUUUAAGUAUCAAAUCAUG